GUAUAUGCGGAAGCGGCUGCCAGGAUGUGACAGGUGCUGGAUUGUGUUUACCUCCAUUGAACACCGCGGGUCACUUCUGCGGCUCCCAGCAGGGUAACCAUGAUGCCGUUUACCGUAAAUAUCAAGCUGUCCGCACGCACACUCACCGGAGCCCUCACGCAGCAAAACAAGGGGGCAUUAGACUGGGGCUGCCAAGGUCUCAUUGCAUAUGGAUGUCACACGCUUGUACUUGUGGUAGAUUCAAACUCUGCACAGACGAUUCAGGUUUUAGAAAAGCACAAAGCCAGCGUGGUUAAGGUAAAAUGGGCAAGAGAAAACUAUCACCACAACAUGGGCUCCCCUUAUUCCUUGCGGCUAGCGUCAGCUGAUGCCAAUGGGAAGAUUAUCGUUUGGGAUGUGGGGAGUGGCACAACAAGGUGCGAAAUACAGGAACACUCAAAGCCCAUUCAUGACAUGCAGUGGCUUUGGAGUCAGGACGCCUCCCGUGAUCUUCUUCUGGCUGUUCAUCCUCCCAAUCUCAUUGUUCUGUGGAACGCAGACACUGGUACCAAACUCUGGAAGAAGAGUUAUGCUGAAAACAUCUUGUCCUUCUCUUUCAACCCCUUCCAGCCCUCCCAGCUUGCAUUGCUCACCAGUGAGGGCAUUGUAUUCGUCUCUGACUUCUCUCCAUCUAAACCUCCAACAAGCAGCGGAAGGAAGGUGUAUAUUUCCAGCCCUCAUGCCAGCCCCGUACACACCAAACCAGUAACAGCUACUGGUGCCAAGAAAGCUCUGAACAAGGUGAAGAUUCUUAUAACCAAUGAGAAGCCCAGUGCUGAAGCUGUGACUCUCAACGAAUGCUUGCAACUCUCCUACUUGCCUUCUAAACGCAAUCACAUGCUGCUCCUCUACCCCCGGGAAAUUCUUAUCUUGGACUUGGAAGUCAAUCAGACAGUUGGAGUUGUAGCCAUUGAGAGGACAGGCGUUCCAUUCCUGCAGGUGAUCCCCUGCUUUCAGAGGGACGUGCUCUUCUGCCUGCACGAAAAUGGCUGUAUAACACUGCGUGUUGCAAGGCAAAGCUGUGCUGGCUCAGGAGCACCAAAUGAAGAGACAGAUUCUGACCUGGUGCCUGAAAUGACGUAUGACCUGCGCUGCCAGUGUGAUGCUAUUCGAGUGACAAAAACCGUUCGCCCUUAUAGCAUAUCAUGCUGCCCCAUCAAUGAGAACGUAGCUGCUUUGAUCAUCAGCGAUGGCCGUAUCAUGAUUUGGGAAUUGAAGUCCAGUGUGGCCGGCAAAAGAAUGAGCAGCAUAAGUCCCAGCUUGGGUGCUUUAUAUGCUCCCCUCUCAUUUUGUGGGAAGCCAGUCGGACCCUUGCAGAAAAAGCUACCUGAUCUUUCAUUGGACAGCAUGAUAGCUGGUCAGAGCAUGCUUGCUGGAGACGCUCUGAACUCUGGGGGCCCACUCCAAGAAGUGCACCUCAAGUUUUUACUGACAGGCCUCAUCUCUGGGCUUCCACAACCACCGUUUGUAGUGAGAAUGUGCCCCCCGCUCACCACCAAGAACAUUAAACAGUACAAACCCCUGAUGGCUGUUGGCACCAGCACUGGCUCUAUUUUAGUCUACAACCUGACCUGUGGACUUCUACACAAAGAGUUAAACAUCCAUUCUUGUGAGGUCAGAGGCAUUGAGUGGAGCAGUCUCACAAGCUUCCUGUCCUUCGCAACCUCCACCCCAAACAACCUUGGGCUGGUCAGAAAUGAACUCCAACUGGUGGAUCUUCUUACAGGGAGGAGUAUAGCGUUUCGAGGAGAGCGCGGUAUUGAUGAACAACCCAUGGAGAUGAUUAAAGUGUCUCAUUUAAAGCAGUACUUGGCCGUGGUGUUUAAAGACAAGCCAUUGGAAUUAUGGGACAUUCGAACGUGUACUCUGCUUCGGGAGAUGUCUAAAAGCUUUCCUUCAGUGACAGCCUUGGAGUGGUCCCCAUCCCACAACCUGAAGAGCCUCAGAAAGAAGCAGAUGGCAGCCCGAGAGGCGAUGGCACGUCAGACUGUCUCUUCAGACACAGAAUUAAACAGCGCAGACUCUUCGGUCAUAAGUCUCUUACAGGAAGCCGAGAGCAAGUCAGAGAUGAGCCAGAAUAUCUCUGCACGGGAGCACUUUGUGUUCACAGAUACAGAUGGCCAGGUUUAUCACCUCACCGUGGAGGGCAACUCUGUGAAAGACAGUGCCAGGAUCCCCCCAGAUGGCAGCAUGGGCAGCAUCUCUUGCAUCGCCUGGAAAGGAGAUAUCUUGGUGCUGGGAGAUGUGGACGGAAAUAUGAAUUUCUGGGAUCUGAAAGGACGUGUUUCUAGGGGGGUUCCUACCCACAGAAACGGGGUCAGAAAGAUCCGCUUUGCCCCAGGGAAAGGCAACCAGAAGCUGAUAGUUCUUUACAAUGAUGGCGCAGAGGUUUGGGACACCAAAGAGAUUCAGAUGGUCAGCAGUCUGCGGGUCGGGCGGAACAUCAACCACCGCAUCCUUGACGUAGACUGGUGCUCAUCAGACAAAGUGAUCUUGGCCUCUGAUGACGGCUGCAUUCGGGUGCUGGAUAUGACUAUGAAGUCCACUUGCUUCAGAAUGGAUGAACAGGAGCUGAUUGACCCUGUCUGGUGUCCGUAUCUGCUGUUCCCAAGGGCAUCAUUUGUCCUCAAAGCUUUCCUGCUUCACCAGCCUUGGGCAGGCAAAUAUUCCCUGGCUAUUACAGAUUUGGAUUAUCCAGAGCACGAGGACAUGAAGGACCUCAUACAGCAGCAGAUCAACUCCUUGUCCAAUGAUAUAAAGAGCCUGCUCCUGGACCCAGAAUUCACCCUCCUGCAGAGGUGCCUGCUCGUGGCAAGACUGUACGGAGAUGAGUCCGAGCUCCAUUUCUGGACUCUGGCAGCUCAUUACCUGCAAGUCUUCCAGCGAGAGAAGUCUCAGACGGGCUCGGCAUUGAAUCCUUUGGAUAUUUGUUACGAUCUUCUGUGUGAGAAUUCUUACUUCCAGAAAUUCCAGCUGGACAGGGUUUGUCUGCAGGAAGUGAAACGGUCGAGCUAUGAACACACGAGGAAGUGCGCUGACCAGCUCCUCCUCCUUGGGCAAACAGACAGAGCGGUGCAGCUGCUGCUGGAGACCAGUGCGGAUAAUCCCCAAUAUUACUGUGACUCCUUGAAGGCCUGCCUGGUUACCACUGUCACCUCCUCUGGGCCCUCUCAGAGCACCAUCAAAUUAGUGGCCACCAACAUGAUAGCCAAUGGGAAACUAGCAGAGGGAGUUCAGCUCCUCUGCCUGAUAGACAAAGCUGCAGACGCCUGCCGGUACCUACAGACCUACAACGAAUGGACCCGAGCAGCUUGGCUGGCAAAGGUACGUUUAAACCCAGAGGAGUGCGCUGAAGUCCUGAAACGCUGGGUCGACCAUCUCUGCUCGGCUCAUAUCAACCAAAAGUACAAGGCCAUCCUUGUGCUCCUUUCUCUCGGCAGCUUCAGGAAAGUGAUUGAGAUGCUGCACACCAUGAGAUGUUUUGAUAGAGCAGCCCUGUUCCUGGAUGCCUGCCUGCAGUGUGGCGCACUGGAAGACAAUGAAGAAACAAGUAAGAUGAUUGCGGCGGUGUUUGCCGAUUACGCUCACAGCCUGCGUUCCCUGGGAUUCACGCCGGGGGCUCUGCUGUUUGCCCUGAAGGCAGGCGAGGCCGGGGCAGAGUUGCUGGCAGAUCUGCAGAGCAUCAAGAGCACUGAAGAGAAAUGAGCAGAGACGCCAUAAGAAAUAAAAGACAUGUCUGCUGGGGUGUGGGAAACAUUUGGCUGUGCCCUGGUCAGUAACCCCUCCUUUACAACUUGCACAUUCCCAGUAAUCGCACGUGGAGGUGGAGAAGGUCUAUUUAAGUAGAAGUGGAUCCAUGUAAUUGCUUAGUCCAGACAUCCCAACUCCUCCUACUUCCAUUGCAGUGUAAAUAUGUUGGGCCUUUAGCACUGGCCCUUAUCUGGAAUUCUGCCUAGUGCCCCAGCGCUGUAUUGCUGAGGGUGGGGAUAUGCAUCAGUCGAUAAAGAAUGAGUAAACCUUAAAAAUAAGUGAAUAAAAUUGUCGAGAGUA